AGUGAAGAUGGCCGAAAACAAUGGCAGUGAUUAUUGAGCUAACUUUGCAUUCUCCUAGUAAUUGUCAACAAAGAAGUUAUCUUUAAUUAAAAAGUAACUGAAGCAUCUAACAUAGUUACACAUAUAUAUUAUGGCAACUGCUAUUCAAAAGAAUGGCAUGAAACCUUUAACAAAUACAUCAAUAAAUCAUGUAGAAGAUGUAAAGAAUUUGAAUGAUACUGAUAUAUGUAAAGAAGAGAAAGAUGAAAGGAUAUUUGAUGGACAAAUUCAACCUUACAUGGAGCCUCAUGAACAGGAACCUCGUGAAUUGGAUAUUGUUAUUAAUAAUGUAGUUUGCAGUUUUAGUGUUAGAUGUCAUUUAAAUUUACGAGAAAUUGCAUUAAAUGGAUCUAAUGUAGAAUAUAGAAGAGAAAAUGGGAUGAUAACUAUGAAAUUAAGAAGACCUUAUACUACUGCUUCUAUAUGGUCUUCUGGUAAAGUAACAUGUACUGGUGCAACAAGUGAAGUUCAAGCAAAAAUUGCAGCUCGCCGUUUUGCUCGUUCGCUUCAGAAGCUUGGAUUUAAAGUACGAUUUAAUAAUUAUAGAGUAGUCAAUGUAUUGGGUACAUGUUGCAUGCCAUUUGCAAUCAAAAUAACAUCAUUUUCAUCAUGUCAUAAAGAAAAUGCAGAUUAUGAACCAGAACUUCAUCCUGGUGUUACAUAUAAGUUAAAAGAACCAAAAGCUACAUUGAAAAUAUUUUCUACUGGGAGUGUUACUGUAACAGCUCCCAAUGUUGCUGCUGUUCAAGCUGCAAUUGAAUAUAUCUAUCCACUAGUCUAUGAAUUUCGUAAGGAAAGAACAGCAGAAGACGAACUUGCCUUAACAACGAAGAAGCGUAGGAUGGGGCUAAGUAAAAGAAGUCGUGAUGAGUUCCUACACGAUCCAGAUUAUAUAUAUGAUACUAUGUUUUCUGAUGAGGAAGAAGAAGAAGAAGAAGAAGAAGAAGAAGAAGAAGAAGAAGAAGAAGAAGAAGAUGAGGGUGAGAGUGAUGCCAGUUGGGACUGAGCUAUUUAUUUUGUUGCUCUUUUGUUAAUUGUGAAACUGUUAUACUCAUAUUUUCUUUUUUAAGAAAAAAGGAUAAAAGAAAUAGAUACAUACUGCUUUGUGUAUAAAAGUGUUAUUGUAAAGAGUGAAGUGAAGCAUUCAAUAGUGAAAAGACAAUGUGCAAGUGUUAGAGACAAAUAUGCACAUACAAGUGCUUUAAUCAUGGUUAUACUAAUAUUGAAUCAAUUGAACUGAAUUUCAUUAUCAAAACAAUAUCAUCAUAAUUUACUUUCAUUAAUGAUAUGUAUACGUACAUAGAUUCGUUCAUAUAUAUAUAUAUAUAUAUAUAUAUAUAUAUAUAUAUUUAUACAUGCAUGUAUCUAUGUACAUAUAAAUGUUAGACAUAGUAAUGUAUACAUAUUCAUUGUGUUUAACAAACAACAUCUCAACAUUUCGAGUUCAAGUUCAACGUUUUUCAUCUUUUUUUUUUUUCAUUUCUUUUUAAUAGAAUUUAUUAUAUUUAAAUAAGAACAAUUUUAAAAAGGACUUAUUUGUGUAACCAUGCUCCUUUAUAAUUUAAAUAGUAGCACGAUUCGCGUUUAAGUUUCUCAUUAUGUAAUGAUAGAUUAUGUACUGAAAAAUUUUGAUAGUGAUGAAAAGCGUGUAUGCAUAUUUUUGCUGUCUUUUGUUUCAUUUCUUUCUUCUUAUAGAUAUAAUCUAUUUUCGCUUAAUUAACAUACUGUGCCAAAGAUAGAUGUUCAAAAUUUGAGGUAAAGUGAUCAAGGAUAUAAAAAACUAAAAAUUUUGUUUAAUUAUUACAAUUAAUUUUUGCAUUACAUAUUAUA